AUGCUCUUGGUACUGCUGCAUGCUUCUUCCACUGUAAGUGGUACAGUACAGGACCCUAGAGUCCUGCUCAUGUACCUGUGCCGACCACAGCUCGAGCUGCCGGACGUCGAAGACGACACUGCGGACCUGGUGGCGAGUUCGAAGGUGUCGGAGCUGCGGGAGAAGCUGAGGAAGAGGUUCGACGCGGCGAUGGAGGCGCUGCUGGUGAGGCAGCGGGCCGAACAGGAGGCGCUGGCCAGGUCAUUCCUGCAGGUGCAGCAGUCGGCACGGCUGCAGAUGAAAGCGUCGGCAGUUAUAAAUGCUGCCGCGAGGGGCUACCUCGUCCGGAGGCUGAUGAAGACGAAGCACGUGCAGGACCUGAUAGAGACCAUGGAGGAGAGUUUGAAAUGCAUCUUCGAAUUGAAAGGAGAGUCACUGAGGCCACUCCGUGCCGACCAGGAGCUGUAUGAUCGGCUCUUGCAGCAGCUGACUGCUGCAUGCAAUACAUUUUACGAAACAUUUUUCGAUAUUUCUACUGGAGAGAGGAUGAAGAUUAUUGCAGCUGACAGGGAGAAGUUGAAAUAUCUCCAGCUAAAGGCAGCCUCUCUUGGUCUGCACAGCAUACGGCCUGCCACACGAUAGCAGCGGAUGGCGUGACAUACCACAUUGAGGUAUUGCCACCUGGAUUGUUUCAGCAGAAGAAGCCUGCCUGCACUGAAGAAGAUCACUGUAGAGUAGCCAAUUGCAACACAAGGUGUACUACUAUUGAAAAAUUUGCCGUUCUCUUGGCUGUGCUGUUUCUGUGCCUUUUUAAACUCAGAUACCACUUCAGACUUGCUAUAUUCGCUAUAUAUAUGAAAUUACACACCUUCAAUAUUGUCUGCACAAAUACUAAAUGAGAUGUCAACAAUACACUUCAGCUCCACACCACACUCUAUUGCUCUCUCCUGAGUGACAAGCUGUAAUGAUAAUGUUGUACAUUUUUUGUACAACCAGCAUUUAUUUCACAAGAAUAGGUUACCAAAUAGUUCCUCACCUACCAAAAAUAAUUGUAUCUAGUCUAGUACUGACAUGCACAUUAAUUACGCAUUUAACUGCACGGUUGUCGCAUUUUUGCUAAAUACUCACUGUCGUUUGUCACUGCAGUCGGUGGUAAUAUUUAAUGAGUGCCUUCAUUAUAUAAGUUUUGUGCCUGUUUCAGUCACAUAGUCAGACUGAACUGUGGCCUGCAUGAGUAGACAGCUGAAAAAAAAAAAAAAGGAAAAAUGCAUUAGUUUUGUGUUUGUUUUAUGAGGGAAAAGGAAGACGAGCAUCACCCUUUUAGAGGCUAAAUGUGAUGGAGUAAAUGGCUAUAAACAGGGAUACGAGCUCGAAAAGACUGAACUAGAGCUUAUGUAAUCCAAAGAUAAUCAAUAAUUCUUAAUAUACAAAGAAUUAUUUUCAUCGAAGCUUGCCACUGUCUUUCUGUGUGUUUGUAACUGUGUAAGUUGAAUUAACUGUACUUAAUUAUUCCUGAGGCUGUGAAUCUAUCAGUGCUUGUUUGUUUUUUUAUUUACCUUUUUUCAACUGUGGACAGGUUGUGAGAAUUUGGGACAGAUAACCUGCGAGAACAUUGCAGGAGUGUUCAGUCCAUUGUUAAGCCUGUUCCUAUCCUGAAGGUAGAAACUGUUCUCAGUGUAAUGGGAGGGGGGGGGGGGGGCUAGUGGGAAAAGUGAUUUCAGUCCACCUCCAUACUCCAUAUCGUGCACCUUCCUGUGCAUAGGCACCUCAACUGUUCACUUUGUGACCCAGUACUGCUUUAGUGUUCUGUCCUCGGUCUUCUCUCAGAAAGCUAAUCUCACAUUCCAAGAAAUUUUGAAGAAAAAUGUUUUCUUAUUGCAGUUGUGGGGGAGGAAAAAAGAAAAGAAACAGAACCACAGACCUAUUCCAAUGAAAAUUAUGUAUAAACAUUAUCAAAGUCUAUAGAUGCAUGUGAUACAUAUUUCAUUGUGAAAACAGAAGAGUGUUCUGAGGUAAAAAAUAAAAUACCAUAAGAGGCAUGAGAAACUGUUCUGCCUGUGUAAUAAGAAAUGUCAUUGCUGAUGAAUUUGCAUUUCAUUUUGCUGGACCUCGUAGAAACUUCUAGCAAGAAAGUUUCUAAGAAAAGUGUGUAAUAAAUUUUGGUAACAUUGGAGACAGCAUUAUUCUAUCACAUCACACACAAACUCAUUUUAUUUACGAGGGAAGCGGAACGCGGCCGCACGUGAGUACUCGGGUGCCAGGAUUUUACUUCCGACAGCUCAUAUUAAUACGACCGAGGAUAUUCCCUACCUCCUGAAAAUUUUUUAUUUGCAGCUCCUACUGACCCUUUGCCACCGCACCCACUAUACGACCCGUCGAUGUAUUCUCUACACAAGCAAUUGUAGGUACUUUCUGGCCAAUACUUCUGUAGAAGUCACCCAAAAUAUAUUUUCGCUCGUGGUAUUGUGAAACCCGAGUUUUAUCAACAAAACUAUUGUCCUCGGCAUGAAUAAAUGCAUCGUACACAAAAUUUCUUUCUUGCUGCUGCAGUGUCUCUCCAUUCCAAUAAAAUUAUACUUUCUGCAUAAAAAACUGAAUGAGUGGAGAAGACAGGAACGGACGUCUCUGAGCCAGAAUAAUUUAUAUUUUUUAUAGAGAUCAGUCUGUUUUUCUAGCUGUCGGGUACUUCCCUCUGUUGCAGUUCUAACCGACACUUUCUGUAAAAAUCAUCAAAUUCUGUAGACUUUCAUUUUUAUUUACGUCCUUUUCUCGGAGAAUCGAAACGGAGAGAUUCUGCCGCCUUUAAUGCACUGUUAAUACAGAAUGCAGUCAAAUUGGGAACAGCAUACUGUUUUGCCGUCAUUUUAUGAACUUGCAGAAAAUCUACAUUAUCCCAGGCUUCUUCACUGUCAGUCAGAUCAGUGAAGAGCUUUAGUACAUUCAAUACGAGAAUUUUAGACUGUUUUCAAAUGUCUUUUCACCCUGUACAUACACUGACCAGAGCAGCACUAUACGUUGGCUGUAGCCCCUGCGUUUUGCUCACUACUGAACACACGUCAGUGCACAGGUCUGUGGGAGACUGAAACCACAAGUGAACACACAACACCGCACCGAGCACACAGCUGGCGCUGACCUAGACGUGGAAAGAAAGCUACAAGGCAGGCAGUUUGUAGUGCCGAGUACCAGCCGACUGCAAGAAGCUGGUGUGACCUCGAAGUGUCCACUUCUGUGACAGCUGCUCUAAACAUUGAUACAGUUCUGUACAGCUACUAUCCUCAAGUGUAUUGGUGUGGCCACACACUAUCGACUCCUAACUAUCGACACAAUUUUGACGUGCUCUCGAAAGGUGCUAUUGCGUUAAGUCUCUGGCACUCUUGUUAAGCAUAAAAAACUUUGGUGUGCUGUCGAUUGUCAUUUAUUUCUUACAUAAUAAUUCAAUAACAGUUCAGGCAUAGAAGUUCAUGGACUAUUCCAGUAGCGUUCUGUGGGUGGCACACGAUUAUUGUAAUUGAGUGCUCGCACGGGAGUAUUUGCGCACCACCUGGAGAGCCCGUAUCUUAGCGAGACAGAGGCGGCAAUUCAUUGUGCCUGCUCUCUCUCUCUCUCUCUCUCUCUCUCUCUCUCUCUCUCUCUCUAUAUAUAUAUAUAUAUAUAUAUAUAUAUAUAUAUAUAUAUAUAUAUAUAUAUAUAUAUUCAGUUCUGUGCCAAAUAAUUUAACCCCUGUCACCGUAUUUAACCUCCGUCAUCAAUUUGUACGAAGCCGAAAUUUCCUUAUGUGACGGUGGAAUGUGCCAGUUUUACUCUCUUAGAUCUACUGAAUUUGCUAAAACAGUAAAUUCUAUUGAGGAUUUAAUCUAACACAUUGUAAAAGUAAAAGCCGAAACACAGAAAUAACACUCCUUUUUAUUAAACAGUUUUGUAGUAUAUAAUUCAUCAGUCUCAAAAUGCCAUUCGUUCAUCUAGAAGAAUGUCUCUUCUUUCAUUCACAGCCAGAACAGAAGUAAGUCACUUGUCUCAAAUGUUUUAGCAUCGUACAAAUUUAUUGCCACCAGAGUGAGAUGACGGUACAGUUCACGACUCGGCUGAGCGAGUUAAGUGAUCUGGAGACAAAACUAGGGCAUCAGUAACUCGACACUAGGUGUAUUUUGCCGGAGCACUACUUCUACAUCAAUUGGCACCAUUUUUAUACUGAGUACUUAACCUAUUCUUUACUUUCCUUCUUGUGGACUGGCUGAAUUACACUUAUUUUAUGGCACUCGGGAUUAUAUUUUCACUAGUACUACAAUAACUGAUACAGCUAACAGGUUUAGUGAUCUCAUCGGCACAUUCCUUUAACACCACUGUCGAGAUACCGUCCAGUGUGUGCAAGUGUUCUUUCAUUAGCUUUUGCAUUGUGUUAAAUGCCUCCUGUCGAUUAAUCUCCACAGAUUUGAGCCCUGCAGUGUAUGUGAGAUUAUUUGGUGUAAGCCUUUGAUCUGUAAAGGGGGCUGAUUGGUCAAAAGGAUAGAUAAAGUGCUUAUCAGAUAAAUACAUAUUGCAAUCAGAUUGUUCGCUAUGUAGCCAUCACGUCUAGUGCCGAGUGGUUAACUUCACACAUUGCUGGAGGAUUACAGUGUUUGUGGAGCUCUCCCUAGGAUGCAUUGUAUAUGUUGUGUGUCGCCUCGUCUGUCGCCUCGUCUGUCUGUCGCCUCGUCUGUCUGUUGCCUCGUCUGUCUGUCUGUCUGUCUGUCGCCUCGUCUGUCUGUCUGUCUGUCUGUCGUCGCUUCGUCUGUCUG